AUGAGCGACAAGGACCGAGCUUCGGGUCAUGGCUUGGGUGACGAGCUGCGGGCUAUGCUAUCGGACCAAGGCAAGCAAGUUGGCGGCUCUGCUGGACCCUCGCGCAUACGAGAGGGCCUGGAAAGCUCGUUCAAUGCGUCAUCUAGUCGGCCCAGUGCCUUUCGCGCAGCGCGCGAGACGAGCGGCCAAGCUGAUGCUGACUUUCAGGCCUUCGAACGCUGGUCAUAUGUGGACCAAAACUUGAUGGAGCGCGCCUGGCAGCAGAGUGUCCCCAUGGCACCAGUUGUUGCAGCCGCUCCGACGGUGCCGGAUACCCAAAAAGACGCCGCGCACUUUCUUGCGGCACUCGAGAGCGAGGAGCACGCGGCCUCGGCUAGCGAGGCCCUGCCUAGGACUGCGCCACCUGUGGUAGCCAUCGAGGAUGAGUGGCGGCCGCCCUCUCCAUCGCAUGGACUCGCCAUGUCUCGUGAGCAAUAUGCGAUGCACGAGCGCUUGGCGCAGCAGCAGGCGGGUCUCGACGCUGAGCAGCCCUACCGCCUGGCCGAGCGUCUCGAGCCCCCAGCGGACGAUGCGGCGCUCGAGGAAGGCGUGUAUGCCCGCGAUCCGUCGGCGGCACUCGAGACUGUAUGGGGUGCCCAGGAAAAGCGCGCCGCACGCGUACAACACGUACAGGCGACGCGCGCCGGCUCGGUGCCCACCUCGCAGUACACGAGGGUGCGGGGCCAGGAGAUUGUGGACCGACUUCGGGGCUGGCUCGUGCGGCAGGGCUACACGGAUGAAGUGUAUGGCCUGCCGCCCAUGACAGCGCAGACAUUUGGCGAGGCGGUCAUGGAGGCUCCCGAUGCCCAAACAGAAGAGCGCCGCGCCACGGCUAUCCGGCGCCUCGAUGCCCUGUAUCGUCACCUGUCCGUGUCAGCACCGUCAGGAGGCGCAUCAGAUAUGGAGGCAUGGCUGCAAGCGCAUAUCAAGUAG